GAGUCCAUCAAUGCUGCCAUAAAGAAAACUCGCAAGCUCCCGCCAGCAUACAUGCUUGCAACCCUGUGGGAUUGGAUGAUGAAAAGGCUUUACGAGGCAAGUGAGGACGCGGGUGAGAAUGACGGGUUCCUGACUCCCAAGGCUGCUGAAAGGUUUGAGAACAAGCGGCACCGGGCGGAGAAUUAUAUUGUUGAAUGCUCAUCCAUUGGUGGAGCUGGGGUUGUGACAAAUCGAGGGUCACCGUGGACUUCGCCAAUGUCGUUCAACGUGAACAUUGACACGAAGUGGUGUGAGUGUGGCAAUUGGAAGCAAUAUCAGUUUCCAUGCUCACAUGCUUUUGCUAUGAUGCGCGAAAAGGGGAAGGAUCCAGAGGAUUACAUCUCCUCCUAUUUCACCGCAGCCAAUUGGAGAGCUACCUACAGCACUCCAAUGAUGGGGGCUUGUAUUGACCGUGUCAUGCAGGAGAAUGCAAAUCCCGCUCACGGUGUGUGUGAUCCUCCAAAUUUUGUGCCGAGGGGUGUUGGAAGACGUCCAAUGAUUAGACGAUUUGAGGCACCGAAGCGUCCAAUCAAAUGCAGCACUUGUCACAAGAUGACGCGGCAUAAUCGACGCACUUGUAGGGGAAAGUAUGGGGCAGGCUCGGAGGCGAGAGAGGUAGAUAAUAACGGGGAGUAAGUAUGACGUGACUACAUAUGGAAAUACUAGCCCCAGCAGCAGCAACAGAGUGGGCAGCAGGCAGGGCUGUUUGGACAGCAGCAGCAACAGAGAGGGGCAGCAGGCAGGGCUGUUUGGACAGCAGCAGCAGGGCCAGGAUGGGAGCAGCUGCUGUCGUGGCAACACCAACACCACCAGCAGCAGCAUCAUCACCACCACCACCCACAGAAGCAUCAGUAACAAUAGCACCAGCAGCAGCGGCAGCGGCGGCAGCAGCAGCGGCAGCGGCAGCGGCAGCAACAGUAGUAGCAGCGUUGGCAGCAGAGAGGCCUGCUUGGGCAGCAGCAGCUGGGGCAGCGGCAUGAGGGCCAUGUUGGGCAGCAGCAACAGGGUCAGGGAUGGCAGCAGGGAGGGCCGUUCCAGCAAAAACAGCUGGACCUUCCCCAUCGCUGCCUCAUUAUAGUUCCUUCCCCCAACCACCUGCUUCAACUACCUUUGCUUUUUCACUUCCAUCACCAAGUUCCGCCAGUCUCCUUCCCCAAACCCCACCCUCAUGCGUUUCCAGGAAGAUGAUGAAGCCUUUCUUGAGUUCACUUUCCUUUAACUCCCCUCUACAUUGCCAACCGCCCGCCGCGCCUUCUCACUUGAAUGAUCUGCCUUCCGAGACAGCCCCUCUCCACCUGUUUGAUCCGCUUUAAGCCACAAUCUCCACCCCCUCCCAUGCCUCUUCUCCCACAUGCUAAUUUUGUCACCUAGCCUUAUUAACCACCCCAUUUUUCUCUCCCCUUUAACUCGCUACAAUGUUGGGAACCUAAAUGUAUUAGUCAUUAAAAAAAAAGGAGUUGC